CUCUCAAGCUCAGCAACACCAGUCUCUGAAUCCACUCCUCUGUUUCUUGGAUACAGACCUACACUGCUGUGUGAGUAGUGCACUAGCUAGACGCUCUCUGUGUGAUCCCUCUGUUUCUGUGACCAUGGUGGUUCUUGCCAAAGGCGAGCUGGAGCAGAUCGCGCUCCCGGCGGUGCACAGGGCGGCGCCGCCGCUGGCCGACGUCCCGGAGGUCGACCUGGCCGCGGCGUGGAGCGGUGGCGCCGAGGGGAGGGCGGCUGCGGCGCGCGCCGUGGCGGCGGCGUGCGAGGAGCACGGCUUCUUCAAGGUCACGGGCCACGGCGUGCCUGUCGAGCUCCUGGUGCGUGUGGAGGCCGCGGCAGCCGCCUUCUUCGGGCUCCAGCAGCGGGAAAAGGAGGCGGCGAUGUCGGCCGCCUCGCCCGGCAGCCCGUUCGGGUACGCCAGCAAGCGGAUAGGCAACAAUGGUGACCUCGGCUGGGUCGAGUAUCUCCUGCUCGGUGUCACCGCCGCCGGCGCCUCCACGGGGGACCGCUCCGCCGACGCGCCAUUGUCCGUGCCAGCCGAGGAAGCGGCGCCGUCGGACUGGCGCUGCUCUUUCCGUUCUUGGGCCUGCAGCGAUCUCCUGAACGAGUACACGGUGGCGGUGAGGAGGAUGGCCUGCUCGGUGCUGGAGCUGAUGGCGGAAGGUCUGGGCAUGGCGGAGAGCGACGCCUUCGCGAGGCUGGUCCUGCACGAGGACAGCGACUCCAUGCUGCGCGUCAACCACUACCCGCCGCGACCCGAGCAGAAGCAGCUUCACGCCGGCGCCGGCGGUAAUGGCAGGGUGACCGGGUUCGGCGAGCACACCGACCCGCAGAUCAUCUCCGUGCUCCGCUCCAACGCCACCUCCGGCCUCGAGAUCGCGCUGCGGGACGGAUCGUGGGUCUCGGUGCCGCCGGACCAGAGCUCCUUCUUCGUCAAUGUCGGCGACGCCCUGCAGGUUCUGACGAACGGGAGGUUCAGGAGCGUGAGGCACCGGGUGAUGGUGAACAGUAUCCGGUCACGGGUGUCGGUCAUCUUCUUCGGCGGCCCGCCGCCGCGGGAGACGCUGGCGCCGCUGCCGGAGCUCGUGGGGGAAGGCGGCCGCAGGCGGUACAGAGAGUUCACGUGGCGGGAGUACAAGGCGUCGGCCUACAGGACCAAGCUCGCGGAGAACAGGCUCUGCCACUUUGAGACCACGAGCUAGCAGCUUAGUACCACGCGAUUGCUGUGUUUUUUUGUUUUGUUUUUGGUUUGUGACGGGGAAAUUGAGUCUUUGUGUGCAAGGUUUUUGCUAGUGUGUUCGUAGUGGUAGCUGGUAUAUAUGCCGAUGAAUGCUUUCGUGCUGCAGAGAAGUUUUUUGUAGGUCCGGUACGUUUUGAGUGCUCAAGCUACGCACAAGAUGCUUAGCUAUUCUA